GGUCCAACGGCUCGAGAGUGGAGACCGACUGAAAGUUGAAGGCUGCCGUGGCUGGUUACCUUCCUCCGUCCCGCGCGUGGGAAGUGGAGGGUCUCGAUUCUGGACGGCUCGGAGCAUCCGCCAUGAGGAGAAGUGAGGUGCUAGCAGACGAGUCCAUCGUAUGCCUCCAGAAAGCUCUAACUCACCUUCGGGAAAUAUGGGGGUUAAUUGGGAUUCCCGAGGAGCAGAGACUACAAAGAACCGAGGUUGUAAAGAAGCAUAUAAAGGAUCUUCUGGAUAAAAUGAUUGCUGAGGAGGAGAACCUGCGGGAAAGGCUUCUCAAGAGCAUAUCCAUCUGUCGGAAGGAGCUGAGCACCCUGUGCAGCGAGCUACAAGUCAAGCCAUUUGAGGAAGAUAAAGAAAUAACUGUCUUGCAAUUAGAAAAAGAUUUGCGCACUCAAGUAGAAUUGAUGAGAAAACAGAAAAAGGAGAGAAAGCAGGAACUUAAGCUACUUCAAGAACAAGAUCAAGAGCUCCGUGAAAUUCUGUGUAUGCCUCCCUGUGAUGUGGACAGCACCUCCGUCCCCACCUUAGAAGAGCUGAAUCUAUUCCGACAACGUGUGGCAACUUUGAGGGAAACAAAGGAAUCGAGGCAUGAACAAUUUGUCAACAUUAAGAGACAAAUCAUAUUGUGUAUGGAAGAAUUAGAGCACACUCCGGAUACAAGCUUUGAAAGAGAUGUAGUGUGUGAGGAUGAGAGUGCCUUUUGUUUGUCACUGGAGAAUAUCGCAACAUUACAGAAGCUGCUAAAGCAGCUGGAAGUGAAAAAGUCACAAAACGAAGCAGAAUGUGAGGGGCUCCGUGCUCAAAUCCGAGAGCUCUGGGAUAGGCUACAGAUACCUGAAGAAGAGAGAGAACCUGUGGCUGCAAUUAUGACUGGGUCAAAAACUAAAAUCAGGAAUGCGUUGAAAUUAGAAGUGGAUCGGUUAGAAGAACUGAAAAUGCAAAACAUAAAGCAAGUGAUUGAGACAAUUCGAGUGGAGCUGGCUCAGUUCUGGGACCAGUGCUUUUAUAGCCAGGAACAGAGGCAGGCUUUUGCCCCUUACUAUUCUGAGGACUACACAGAAAACCUGCUCCAUCUUCAUGAUGUUGAGGUUAUACGGUUAAGAAACUAUUAUGAAGCUCACAAGGAACUGUUUGAAGGAGUCCAGAAAUGGGAAGAGAGCUGGAAACUUUUCCUAGAGUUUGAGAGAAAAGCUUCAGAUCCAAGUCGGUUUACAAACCGAGGGGGAAAUCUUUUAAAAGAAGAAAAGGAACGAGCAAAGCUCCAGAAAACACUCCCUAAGCUGGAAGAGGAGUUGAAGGCACGGAUUGAACACUGGGAACAAGAGAACUCAACAGCAUUUGUGGUGAACGGGCAGAAAUUCAUGGAGUAUGUUACAGAGCAGUGGGAGUUACAUCGGUUGGAGAAAGAGCGAGCCAAACAGGAGAGGCAACUAAAGAACAAGAGACAGACAGAGACAGAGAUGCUGUAUGGCAGUGCUCCCCGGACACCUAGCAAAAGACCAGGACAGACUCCCAACAAGUGUGGCAAAGUACGCAAGAUGAACACUACCACCAUGUCUACUGCUACACCCAAUAGUAGCAUUCGGCCUGUCUUUGGUGGAUCAGUGUACCGUUCACCUAUGUCUCGACUACCCCCUUCUGGCAGCAAGUCAGUAGUCACUUCUCUAUGUUCUGGAAAGAAAACACCUAGAGCUGCCCGGCUUAGGGCCAACAAGGAGAACUUGGACCUCAAUGGCAGCAUCCUGAGCGGUGGGUACUCUGGCUCGACGCCCCUCCAGCGCAACUGCAGCAUUAAGUCUGUUGCCAGCACCUAUUCUGAGUUUUCGAAGGACCCGUCCCUUUCUGACAGCUCCACUGUUGGGCUUCAGCGAGAACUGUCAAAGGCUUCCAGAUCUGAUGCUACUUCUCGAAUCCUCAAUUCCACCAACAUCCAGUCCUGAGAAUCCCUGUCCAGUUAGCCAGCUGUGGCUUCCUGUGCCUAGACUGGACUGACGAACCCAAGGGGCGACUUCCCAACAGUUUAGAUGUUUGAAACAACUGCCUUGGGCAGGUUCUGUUAACUGCACCUGCCUUAGACAGGAGCACAAGAGACGAAAGCCUUCACGGGCACAGUGAGUCCACAGAGUCAAGAGACCUUAAAAGCUAGUUAUGAUAGUUAUACAAGCUUUUUAACAUCUGGUAGCUAUUUUUUUCUCUACCCCAUAAUUCUACGUAAAGAAUGAUCAAGGGUUUGUCAUGAUACUAUAUUAGAAAAUGAAAAAAAUGAUUAUGCCCAGCUUUGGGGUACAGGGUGUGAGACAUGAAGUAAUUCUGACUUGUAGACUUGGAAUUAACAUCUAAAAAUAUAUUUUUUGUUCGUGGACAUUUGAUAAAUGCUGUAGCUGUAGUAACUUUGAUCUUACCCAGAGGCCUGUACCCAGCAGUGUCCUAAUCUGGUUCCUUGCGUCUCAGCAUUCGAGAUGGCCUGAGCUGCCGCCAAAAGAGCGGCAGCGACAGUUGUUUCUGUAGUGCAAUCUCGGAGGGGUGUGUGUGUGUGUGAACACACGUUCUCUGACCUCUUCAGUCUUUCUCCAGUCUCCCAACCCUGUGCUCACCGGGCCUAGUCUGUUCCCUGUAGUUGACAACCAAAUAGAGAAGCUAUCUGGGUGGGUUGGGCCAUUUCUGUCAUGGACUCCGCAACUUUGCACAUCUCCAUGUUAUCUGUGUGAUCACGUCCACACUGAGGCUCUUUCUUGCCUACCUAGUUCAUCACUACUCUCCCCAAAGCACUAUUAUUUAUUCUGUCUGUGCCAGUUCUGCCAACACAUUAAAUGAUUCUUUAAAACCUGGUCUGUGUCAGUAUGCUGUCUACUCACACACAUAUAUAUGUUGUUUUUAAAUAUAUUAAAAUAAAAUGUAUAUAGUUAAUCUUUCAAA